GCACGCGCUGCCGCACCUUUCUGAGACGGAGGACUCGGCCCCGCGAGUUCUGCACAUGAAAACUCGGUAAAACAGGAUAACUGAGUUAGUCACGACCUGACCGCGCCCCCAACCGGCCACCGUCUGUAUAUAAAGUCGGACAGAGGAGAGCAAAUUGCAGUCAGCAUUCGCUACUCCCAACGACCAGCCAUGAUUAAGUUCGCCGUUCUGUCCGUGUUGGUGGCCGCUGCUGCCGCCAGUGGAGGAGGUGCCCAGAGCAGUGUCCACGUGUCAACUUUCAGCCCGUACUCGAGCAGCUCUUAUGGAUCGCACGUGAAUCACGGCUACUACGUUCCCGGCGGCUACGGCGGCUACGGCCGGUACGUCGGCGGCUACGGCCAGAUCUACGCCCAGGGACAGGGGAUCGGGCUCAGCCAGGGCGGUGGAUACGGCGGUGGAUACGGUGGAUACGGACAAGGAUACGGACGCGGCGGACUCAGCGGAUACCAGUACGGAUACAGCGCCGACGUCGGAAACGGAUACGGACAGGGCGUCAUUGGAGCUGGUGGAAUCUACGGUGGAUACGGCGGAAUCCGCGGUGGAUAUGGCGGAAUCGGUGGAAUCCGCGGUGGAUACGGCGGAAUCGGUGGAAUCCGCGGUGGAUAUGGCGGAAUCGGUGGAAUCCGCGGUGGAUAUGGUGGAAUCCGCGGUGGAUAUGGUGGAAUCGGUGGAAUCAGCCGCUUGGGGCAGAUUGGCGGUGGAAUCUAUGGCGGCUAUGGGUAUUACUGAACGAGCCUGGUGACGUCUAUCUAGGACGGUGCGUGUGAAACUCUCUUUCUCUACAGCAAUACCAUGGAUGGUUAAUGCUUCCCUAUGUGUGCACCAUUGAAUAUUUUCAGCCUGUUGAUAAACUAUUCAAAUAAUAACCA